AUCACCAAAGCUUCCAUCCACCUGUCCCUCCCUUUCUGACCAAGGAAACAAGAGACAUUUGAAUUAAAAAAAAAAAAAAAAAUGGCCAGCAGCUUCACGAGACUCUUUUCCUCCAAACGAAAUGUUGGGAUCCUGUCAUUAGUCGGAGCCGGCUCUGUAACAGCGGGAUUUCUGCUCCACAGGGACCAUGUCACCGCCGGAGCGCCUGUCCGCAGGAUGUACCCCGCCAGUGCGGAGUUCCCCGACCUACGCAAGCACAAUAACUGCAUGGCCAGUCACCUGACACCUGCCGUCUACGCCAAGCUGUGUGACAGGGCGACUCCCAAUGGGUACACGCUGGACCAGGCUAUCCAGACAGGGGUGGACAACCCCGGGCACCCCUUCAUCAAAACUGUGGGCAUGGUGGCAGGAGAUGAGGAGUCUUACGAGGUGUUUGCAGAACUAUUGAACCCUGUCAUCAAAGAGAGACACAACGGCUACGACCCCACCACCAUGAAGCACCCCACCGACCUGGACGCCAGCAAGAUCCAGUCGGGCCAGUUUGAUGAACGCUACGUGCUGUCAUCCAGAGUGAGGACGGGCCGCAGCAUCCGGGGGCUCAGCCUGCCCCCCGCCUGCACCCGGGCUGAGCGCAGGGAGGUGGAGAGGGUGGUGGUGGACGCCCUGGCUGGCCUGAAGGCCGACCUGACCGGGAAGUAUUACAGUCUCACCCUGAUGACAGAGAAGGAGCAGCAACAGCUUAUUGAUGAUCACUUCCUGUUUGACAAGCCUGUGUCACCCCUGCUAACAUGUGCAGGCAUGGCUCGGGACUGGCCAGAUGCUCGUGGUAUUUGGCAUAACAACGAAAAGACGUUCCUGGUUUGGAUCAAUGAGGAGGAUCACACCAGGGUCAUUUCCAUGGAGAAGGGAGGCAACAUGAAGAGAGUCUUUGAAAGGUUCUGCAGAGGCCUUAAGGAGGUUGAGCGUCUGAUCCAGGAGAAAGGUUGGGAAUUUAUGUGGAGCGAGAGUUUGGGUUACAUCCUUACCUGCCCCUCCAACCUGGGCACAGGGCUGCGGGCCGGGGUCCAUGUCAAACUGCCCCUCCUUAGUAAGGAUCCCCGCUUCAGCAAGAUCUUGGACAACCUCCGUCUGCAGAAACGAGGGACAGGGGGCGUGGACACUGCCGCUGUGGGCGGCACCUUUGACAUCUCCAACUUAGAUCGCCUGGGACAUUCUGAGGUCCAGCUGGUCCAGACGGUGGUUGACGGUGUGAACUACCUAAUCGAGUGUGAGAAGAGACUGGAGAGAGGCCAGGACAUCAAGGUGCCCCCACCCAUCAGGCAGUUCAAGUAGACACUGACCCCUGACCUUACUCCACAGACCCUGCAACUACCCUCUCCUGGGACACCCACAUGCACAAACACCCCCACACCCUUGUGCCCAUAGAUAUGCUUCAUAUCUAUGUUGUCGUUUCAUUUAUUGGUACUAUAUAAUUACCCCUCUUUUGCCCACACAUGCCUCUCUAUAAUAUAAUCUAGAUAUAUUAUAUUAUAUGCACCUAUCUGUCCAAAUCCAGUCAGAGUCCCAGAGUGCUGCACUGGUUGAAACGGGCUUUCAGCUUAAUCACCCUGUAAGCCCAAAUUGCAAAUUCCAAUACAGCUCCAAGACAGCAGAAAACAUCAAUGAAGAAUGCACAAAUUAUAGGCUGUCAUAAUGGAGCCAAGAUGGCCGCCAUUUUGCCACUAUCUGCAUGGUCCAACAGUAUCUACGGCUCUGCCCCCAACAGCACUCCUGUUCCUCAGCCCACUAAACCUGCCUUGACUCCACCUAGAUCAUUUCCUGCCGCAUGUCCUAUACUCAGUGUGUCUGUUCCCCCAUUCCUGUGUAUUGGUUGGUGCUCGUAUAAUUCAUUCAUUUGUGCUAUUAUCUCAAUUGUGGAUUGUGUGUACAGGAUUUAGUUUCUUUUUGCCAUUUUGAAUGGAUUUGAAUGUAGAGUAACCACGUAAGUCUGAAGAGACUGAAGUUCCCCAGAGGAUUCAUAUGAUCGGACGACGUUCUGACUGUAAGCCGGUGUAAAAACAUAACACAGACAUACACUCUGGCCAAGCCGGGUUCUGUACUGUAUGCUUCUGAAGCAAUAUCAUUCAAGCUAACCAUUGAAUGUCACACUGUAACGUCUUUUAUUAAAGAAAAUCAUCUAUUUAACAGUAUGCCCUC